UUAGCCAGUUGUACAUUGGAUAUGGGUGGAGCGGUUAAUAUUUUACGGUUAUUGUACAAUAAAUAGCUUGCAGUCGCACCCUUGGAAUUAGGCUUAACAUCCUAACAAGCAAAUUACUAUAUUAGUAUAAUUGUUCAAGUACUAGCAGUAGCAGACCACUAACCAACUUUAUCAAGUUUUUGAGAUUUCGUAUUGUGCUUAUCAAUUGCUCCUGAUUUUUAGAAGAUGUUUUGGUACUUAAGGUAUUGCUUUUGCUGAACAACUGUAACAUGGCAAGUCGUGAAAGAGACAAGAAGGGGGGAAAUUUGAGAGAUAUGUUUGGAGGUUUGGGAAAGUCAAAAAAAGAAAGAGGGAAAUAUCCCCAGUCUGUUAAUCCUCGACCCCAGUCUGAGGAUUUUAGUGAUCACUUAGAUGCUGCUGAACAUAUGCUGGUCACCUUAACAGAUGAAGAGAUAAACAAUGAAUUUGAAAAGAUGUUGGAUGACAUGAACCUUUCAGAGGAGAAGAAAGAACCUCUUCGUAGUCGACCAAUGAUGAUAAAAAAAGAAAUGCUUUCCAUGCAUCUAAAAGGAAAUCCCCCUAAAGGUAGUAAUAGAAGUCAGUUUGAUAGUCCAGAAAAUUAUGUGAGGUUUUUGUGUAACCCUGAGAUGAGUUUAGACAAACUUCUCCGUGGUAUUGAAUCCUUGAGAAUAGCCCUGACUAAUAACCCUGUCAGUUGGGUAGUGGAGUUUGGAAGCAAUGGCUUGGAUAAACUAUUACAAAUUCUGAAUGCAUGUUAUGGCAGAGAAAACAAGUAUGAAAAGAUUCAGCAUGAAUGUAUCAAGUGUCUCAAGGCAAUAAUGAACAACACAGCUGGCUUGAAGCAGGUUUUCACACACAAAGAUGCCCUCACUAUAUUAGCUCGUUCCAUUAAUUUCUCUCAGCCUAAUAUAAUGGUGGAUGCUGUCAAACUGAUGGCUGCUGUGUGUUUAAUUCCACCAAGUGGUCAUGAAAGAGUAUUAGAAGCUAUCACCACUAGUGCAGAGCUUGAAGAUAGAGAUAGAUUUAGUGCUAUUGUUCAGGGCCUUGGAAGAAAAGACAAUGAUGCACUACGUGGUUCCUGUUUUGCCCUGAUUAAUUGUAUCGUCAGUACACCAGAUGACCUAGAAUUCAAGUUACAUUUGAGGAAUGAAUUCAUGCGUUCAGGUUUAAGUGAUAUUUUAGAGGAUUUGCAAGCUGAAUUAGGUAAGGAACAGGAUAGUAAAACUGAAGAACUUAGUAUUCAGCUUAAAGUGUUUUUAGAAGGAAAAGAUGAAGAUCAUGAUGAAUUUUUGCAACGAUACGACCUUGUCCGUUUUGAAAUGGAUGAGCCCGGUGAGUGUUUUGAAUUAAUUAAACAGACUGUGACAGACACAGCUGCUGAACCCUACUUUUUAUCCAUACUCCAACACUUACUUCUCAUCAGGGAUGAUGCAUUAGCUCGACCAGCAUACUACAAGUUGAUAGAAGAAUGUAUUUCCCAAAUUGUUUUACAUAAGAGUGGCUGUGAUCCAGAUUUCAGAUCAUCCAAACAUUUCAAAAUAGAUGUUGAACCUCUUAUAGAAAACUUGGUUGAAAGAGCUAAACAGGAAGAAGAAAAACAGUCACAAGAACUGACAAAAAAACUUGAAGAAGCAGUGACAGCAAAGCAGGAAGCAGAUGCAAAAUUAGCACAGGCUGAACAAAAACUCGUAGAAAUUGAAAAUCAGUUAAAUGAAAUUAAAAGUACUGGAGUUGUACCAUCUCAGAAAAUAUUGGCACCUCCACCUCCUCCAGGCUCAGGAAUACCUCCACCGCCACCUCUACCAGGUUCAACUAUACCACCACCUCCACCACCACCACCUGGCUCGGGUAUUCCACCACCCCCUCCACCUCCAGGAGGAGGAGGUAUACCACCACCACCACCCCCUCCACCUCCAGGUGGUGGUCCUCCACCUCCUCCCCCACCCCCAGGUCUAGGAGGAUUAAAAUUUAAUGUCCCUCAAGGGUCUCCAUCUCCAGUUGCUAUGGAUGUACUUCCAUUUGGAAUAAAGCCAAAAAAGAAAUAUCAGCUAGAAACUCCUUUAAAAAAGGCUAACUGGAAGAAAAUCCAACCUCAAAAACUCUCAGAAAAAUCCUUUUGGGUCAAAGUCGCUGAAGAAACGUUAGCAGAUGAAGAUGUGUUAGACAGUCUUACAUUAAAGUUUUCCUCGGCUCCACCAGCAAAGAAACCUAAGCAACAAACAGAAGAAAAGUCAGUAAAAAAGGCUAAGGAAUUGAAAGUUCUUGACAACAAAUCAGCCCAAAAUCUAAUGAUCUUGCUGGGUUCGGUGAAGAUGUCUGCACAAGAAAUGAAAGACAUGAUUCUUUGUAUAAAUGAAGACCACUUGACAGAUGCCAUGUUGCAACAGCUCAUUCGUUACAUGCCUGAGCCAGACCAGUUAAAGAAACUGGAUGAUUUUAAAAAUCAGUAUGAUGAUUUAGCAGAGGCUGAACAGUUUGCUAUCACUAUGGGAAGUAUAAAAAGAUUAGUGCCAAGAUUAAAGUCUGUGAGUUUCAAACUCAAUUUUGCUGAAAAAGUUCAAGAUAUCAAACCAGACAUUGUAGCUGCCACAGCAGCUUGUGAAGAAGUCAAGACCAGUGAAAAGUUUUCCUUAAUUCUCAAGUUGGUGCUUCUUAUUGGUAACAUCAUGAACUCAGGCUCUAAGAAUGGACAGGCAAUUGGUUUUGAAGUUAGUUUUCUACCAAAGCUUAGUGGGACCAAAGCACAGGACCAGAAAACUACCCUAAUGCAGUUUUUGGCAGAUAUUGUAGAAAAGAAAUAUCCAGAUGCACUUAACUUUGGAGAGGAGUUACUGCAUGUAACUCGAGCUGCAAGAGUUUCUCCAGAACAAAUUCAGAAAAAUCUAAACCAAAUGAAAAAAUCCAUUCAGCAGUUGGAAACAGAUCUAAAGACUUUCCGUCCUCAGAGUGAUAAUGAUAGAUUUGAAGAAGUUAUGAAAAGUUUUUUAACAGAAUCUUCCAAACAGUAUGAACUCUUAGACAGUAUGUAUAAUAAAAUGGGAAAAUUGUAUGAAAACAUAGCAGAAUACUUUGCAUUUGAUCCAAAAAAAUACACAUUAGAUGAAUUCUUUGGUGACAUCAAAGCAUUUAAAGAAGGCUUUCAGGAAGCACACAAAGAAAAUGUCAGGGUCAGAGAAGUGGAAGAAAAAAUCAGGAGGGCCAAGGAAGCUAAAGAGAAAUCUGAUAAAGAAAAACAAGAACGAAAGGAAAUGAAACGCCAAUUGAUUGACAUUAGUUCAGGAGAAGACCAAGAAGGUGUGAUGGACAAUUUGCUCGAAGCACUAAAGACAGGAUCAGCUUUCUCUCACAAGCCCAGGAAAAGAGUACCACGAGCUGCAGGAGCUGAAAGAAGAGCCCAGCUAAAUCGUAAUCGUUCUCGAACUGCGAUCAAUGCCCAGGAUAAUCGUGACCUUGACAGCAGGGAAAGGUAGUACAGUGCGAGGUUUUAAACAGUGCUAUAAAUAUGUACUUCAAGACAAGACUUCAGAUUAAGAAGAGUGCAAUAUAUAUAUGACAUACAUAAGAUCUAUCACUUUUUCUUUUUUGAGGUGAAAGUACUGUAUCAAGCACAUCUUCACAUCCCAGCCAUCUUCUGUUAUCAACUAACAUGUCUUUAACUGCCACCGGUCCAGUUUUGUUUUUGCAUUUGCAUGAGUGCUCAAACACAUGGAAGGGACUUUUUCUGUAGUUAAGAUAAUAUAUGAAAUAACUUGUCAACAAAAACUAGGAAACUGGUUGUUCAACAUUUAAAAGAUUCUGAAAUUAUUUGUGAUUUUUAUAAUAUGCAAAACAAAAAAAAGUUUGUGAAAAUCGUUAUAAAGAGUGGUGUUGAGUGCACAAAGCUCAUUUUACAAUAAAAUAUUGAUAUGCAAUUAUCUUCAGUUUAAUAGAUGAAAUCCAGUAAAGGAGAUAUUUUUAUUCGCUGUAUAUAGCCUCCAUACUAAGUGCUAUCGAGAUAUUUCAUGUUUAUAGAAAGCAAAAAAGUUUGAAAAUAAUUAUAUACAUUUUCAAUCAUGGUAAAAUGAGCGUCUUCCACUACACCUAAAUUCUGACUUUUCAAUGUUGGUUGGUAUAUUGAGCUGACUCAAUUAAGUCUUUUUAAAGUUUCUGGUCAACAUGUAUACUAUAUAAAUAUAUAUUUACACAUACAUACACAUAACAUGCGUAGAUAAAGUAUUCAUCUUUGCCUUCUAGACUUUUCCGUGUAAAUGAUGAGUUGUAUUUUAUAUACUUACCUCAUAUAGAAUUUUUUUUUAUUCUUCAUUUGUUCCAUUAUCUAAGGUUACAGUACUUUUAAUUUAUUGAGCCGUGGUAUUAUAACAAUAGCACACUCCACCAGGAAUGGCUUGCUUAAAAAUAAAAAAAAGUACAAAACCAUGCUUGUAUUGCCUUAAUCAUUGAAAAUAGUAAAAAUGGUUUAAAGUGUUGUUGUUUUGAAAUUGACCAAUGUAUCUUUGAAACUAUGAGACACUACAUCUAAUUGUAUUAAGAACUAUAGACAAAGCUUUCUUUAAAGACAAGGUAAAUUAAUCACAUUAUUUUUAAUGAUUUCUUUAUUUGUGUCAUGAUUAUUUUAGAUUAUGUGUAUACUAACUGUUUGCAGUGACCAAUUUUGUGUCAACAGGAAAAAUAUUUAAUUAAAUAUAAAAAUUAGACUCAGUAAGCCAGUUUGAGAAAAAAAAAACAGUUACAUUUUUGAUUCAGAUUGAAAUGUUUAACUACACAAAUUGAAUAAAUUAAAAAUGUUCUGUACCCUAGGUUUUCAAGAUAGUACAUUAUGUAAAAACUUGCUCUUAGUUUGCCUUAGGGUCUCCUGAAUGAACAGACUACUUUUAUGAAUUUAUUGAAAACUUAGAACACAUUUUAGUCCUUAUAUGGUGUAUUUGUAUCUAUGCCUUAUAAAGUUUGUGUGUUUAUGGUGACCCAUUAUAUUAUCUUUAAACACCUGGAGUGUUUGCACUUGGGUGAAUUAACUCUGGAAUAAAAAAUAUAUGGAUAGUAUUUUCUUUCCAUUUAAUACAGGGUGAUGCAAAAGCUAUAUUUCAAAGUCCUGCUUUUUCUAUGAUUUCUCUAAGUCAUGUUUGUGGUUCACUAUCUCUCUUUCUUUUGUUACAAUAAUUGGUUUGUAUAUCACUAAGCUCAGAAGAAUGUGUAAAAGUGAUCAUGUUAUAACAUUGUGUCAUGCUAUUAGUUAUGCAUGUUUUGAACAGCUGUAAGAGCAGGCUGAAAAACAAUCAUGACAGUAUGUUGCAUCACCCUGUACUUUUUUUUUUAUUAUUAUUUAACUUAGAUAUCUGUACAUUAUGUCAGGUGAUAUAGUAGUACUUGUGAUGUUUAGAUUGAGCUGUUGACUUUAAAAUACCACUAUCGAAGGAGCACCAUUUUUUAACAUAUAUUUUUUACUGUAGUAUAUCUUAAUGUAUAAGAGUCCUGUUAUAGUAACAGUAAAUUAUAACUCUUAUGUCCAGACAAAAUGAUUUAUUAAGAAACUUUACAACAUGAAGAUGAUAAUUUACGUGUGUAUUAAAAGAUGCAAAGUUUCAAAACCAGAAGCCCUUUUUUUAAUGGUACACAUACUUAUCCAGGAUCCUUCUUUAGUGGUGCGUGUAGUGGGAAACCAUUAGAUACAGUACAUUUUUUCUGUAAAACUAAAUUAUUUUUGCAUUUAUCCAAAGUAAUUUUGAAUAAAACCAUUUGAAAGUAAAAUCAUAUUGAAGUACUGUUUUGAUACUUCAAUGUUCUUUGAACGAUCGUACAAUAAAAUGUCUUUUUUACAUACCUGUGCUUUCAGAGAAAGCAUAUUUCAUGAAUAGUUUAUUUGAGGUGAUAACAUGUAGAAUGUAUAUGUAAAACUGUAAUAUUUUCCUCUUUUUGUUUAUUUGUUAUUUCAAUUCCAAAUACACAAUAUGCACAGAGAAAUCCCUUAGAAAAGCUUGUUUGUUCGUCUUUGAUAGGUGGAUAAAGUUUAGAAAUUUAAAAUUGAAUGCUUAGUGAUUCAUAUAAAAUGUUAUAAGAUUUUCAGUAUUACUUUUCGCUACUGACACACAUUUUUAAUUUCAUGUAUCUUAUUACUUAAAAGUUUGAUAUUAUCUUUAAAGCCAUAAUACUGAUUAGUAGAGCUUUAAACUUAGGAACUUGUGGCAUUUUUAGAUUCUGUUAGAUUUAAAAGAAACCUAAAAGUAAUAUGCAUAGUUGCAAUGUAUUUGGUGAUUUAAAAACUUAUUUUCAUGAUCACUUGCAAGAUAUCUUAUUAUUUUAGGUAUAGAUUAUACUCGUACAUAUCAAAGUUUGUUGACUUCAAGUUAUAUGUUUUUCCUACAAGGCUUAUAACAUAAGAAAAUGAUAUAAAAUUUUUUUGUAACUUAGGUUAUCUUACAGAAUCUCUUUUAUUAGGAUGACAUUUGCUGCAAAAUGUAUAAAGAAAUAAGAAUUUCAUAAAACUGUUGACUUAUCCAUGAUCCUAAACAAUUUCUUAAAUGCUUUAAUUACAAAACUAUUAUAAGAGAAGGCCAAUAUCAGAAAAUUGUAGCACAAUAUUCUAUGUUAUUUGUUAACCUUACAUUUUUUUUAUGAAGGUAUAAUAUGAAAUCUGAUUAUUUACAUCAUAUAAGCUGCAGUAGAAAAAAUAUUCACAUCCUACUAUUGGUGGAGAGAGAGAAGUUUCAUUAACUUACUUCCAGGGAGCACUGGAAUCUUUGUAUUUCACAACAAAUUAUUUUUAUCUCUGAAAUGCUUUAUAGGAUUGUUCCUUUUUAAUUUUUUUUUGUAACAUAUCAGAUGUUAUUUCUUGAAUAUGCCAUUUGAGAUGUUAUGCAAGUUUAUUGAAGUUCUGUAAUAGUUGAAACCUAUGAAGUUAGCACCUUUUCAUUUGAUUACUCAGAAAUUUUAGUCCUGUUCCAACUAUUCAUCUGUGCACUGUCAGAUUUAGGCAUAUGAAAUUGUAUGGAGCUCUGGGGGUCAGUGAGGGGUCACUGCUGUAGUGGCUCAGUUAUGUUACAUGCUUGAAUCAUCCUGGCAACAAUUUAGAAUUAAACCUUCGAGUACUACAAGCUAAAUUAUCUGAGAGUCUCUCCUGUAAGCAAUGCACUUACCAUUAUUUUUAGAAUCUUUCUAUCUGUCCCUAAGCCUAGAUUUAUAAUUACUAUUACAAUAUUAUCCCUUAAGAAUAUGGUUGUCCAUGUCUUGUUUCUCAUGUGCUUUUCCUUCUUACACUGAUUUUUAUUACGACAACUAGUGUAAAUUCUAACUGUGUCUGUAUUUUCCAAACUAGUGUAGUAAAAUGCUAUGUGCUGAGUACAUUCAGUUAUCAAUACAUAGGAUAGUUGUCAUACUGUUUGAAACUCAGUCUCAUAGUGGGAUAUUUCUGGCAAGAAAAGGGGGGUAGGGGCCCCGGGUUUAAACUUUACAUGGGGCCACUAUGGGACAAAUGCUACCACUACAGCCAUGAGUCUAUGUUAUUGGAAAAAUAUUGAGCACAAAACUACACUUUCUACUCAGAAUUUUCAGUAGCCAAUAUUCAUACUUGUAAUCACUUUGCAUUUAAGCAAACUGUAUUGGCCAGUACUUCUUUAAACACAAAUAAUGUUUUACAUUAUUAAUAAUGCUUGUAUAUGUAUGUAGUAUCUAAUUUCAAAAGUAUAGGCCUAACUUAGAAACCUGAUACCUAACUUCUUUUGAUUUAAGGGUUUUGUGUGUGUGUGUUGCACAAGUAGCAAAUUCUGACCAAUUGCUUGUAUUUAUUAUAUAGUGCUUUUUAAUAGUGUGAUUUCAUGUACCUAUACAUAAUUAAUAUUUCGUCUUCUCUCAUUUUCUGCCCUUGAAUACAAUAUUUUAAGGUAACUUACAAAGAUGCAGAACUAACUGUUGUAAAAUUACUUGACCUAACUUAUCAUUCUUCUUUUGUUUUAAAUGAGUGAAAAGAUUAGUUGGCAGUUGGUUUACAUAAUGUACUAGUACAUAAAACAAAACUAUAUGUUUGCAAUGCUUAAAUGAGCCUGCAGUAAAAGAUGUAAAUUUUAAUUACAAAACAUUUGAAUCUCUCUUUUUGAAUUCAUUUUCUUUGAAAAUUAGCUCAAAGAAAAAUUCUUGAUAUUUGUUCCAAAUUUAGGGGAUUUAAUCAAAAUUAAAAGCUAUGUUUGAUUUACAAUACUUAUUAUCGCAACUGAACUGGAGAAACUAAUCUAUAUUAAACAAAUGUUUCUUAUUGUACUUGUUAUAACCUACUGAUUAACAAAGUAUAUUUUCUGAGACAAAUGUGUCCUAUGUGAGCAUUUUUUGGGAAAUGCUAGUUGUUGCUUACAAGUUUGUGUAAGCUACAGUACCAAACAACUUGGAAUUUAUGUUUCAUUACUGAAGCUUUUGAUAUUGUGUGUGUUCAGUCUAUUUUCUUUUCUUCCUCUUCUGUAACAUAGUUAAAUUUGUAUAAGUCUCCAAUAUAGUGCUCUUGCUUAUUGAUUUUAUAAUCAAUUUUGAAGAAACAUUGUGUUUUAUAUUUAAGUAAUGUAUAAGAACAUUUUUUCACAUAUGUAUCAUAACUAUGAAAUGUCAUUUAAAAACUGUCCAUUUUUUUAAACUCCAACACUUUUUUCCGUGUCUUAUAGCUUUCAAUACAAAUGUAUAAGUUAGCUGCUAUUUAAAUUCAGCAUUUUAAUUUUUGGUAUGAAAAAGCUGUUUAUUGUUAGCAAGUUAACAUUUGUUCACAAAAAUCAGUUGUAUUAGAUUUGUCUAAAAGUCUGUAUUGACUUUUUGUGCUGCAAAUCUCUUACAGUUGAUCUUGUGUAUUAUUAAUAUCCUGGUGUGAUUGACUUAUUCUUGUGCUAGGAUCUGUCUUCUGUAGCUGUGAAGACAGUAAAAAUUAGUGUAGAAGAAAACAAAUCAGUUGUUUAGCUGAGUGCCAUGAAAAUUUUAAUUUGUGUUUUGUUUUUACCAUUAUGUUUAUUAUAUACAAUUACCUAUAACUUACUGUUCUGGGCAUUUUUACUCAUAGCAUGGAGAUUUGUAUCAUUUAUCAAGUUUAUUUUCUUUCUUUUGCCUUUUUUUUUUCUCCAUCAUUUGAAAUAAAAUUGUACUUAAGGCCAAAAGUUUUUUCAGAUUUCCCACAGUUAAGAAAUUGUAGAAUCAUAAGCUUAGAAUUAAUGUGCUUGUUUGGACUUGUGAAAUGUGCCAAAGUUAUGAGUAUACAUGACAUGGGCCUUCAUCUGUAGUGUUGAUAUAUUCUGUAAUUGUUUCCCUAUUCUUAAAUAUUGAGAUACAGUGAUGAAAGUAUGCAAGAAAAAGAAUGUACAACAGAAAGAAAAAUGUGAUAUUUCAGUUUCAUGUCAAUAUUUUUUAAUAUUGACAUGUAGUUAGAGCACCAUUAAUUAUUGUGGAAAUUAAAAAAAAAACAUUUUCUGUGCAUUUGAGGACUUACUGUAUUGUAGAGAAUUAAAACAUAUUCAUUAAAAUAAAAGUGAGGCAGGGAAGAAUUCAUCAACUUAUUUACAGCAAAAAUGUUGAUCUUCUGAUGUGUUUGAAUCCUGCAAAAUACUGUAUGUCAUAUAAAAAUGUGUUGUUUUAGAAGUAAUUAUGUCUAUAAUAAUGAUGUAUUUCAGAUGUUAAACAUGAGGGAAACUUUGAAAAGUUACUGUUCUAUUAUAUGUUUUAGACAUUUGUGCUUUGACAACCGUAUUUUUUCAGGUCAAAGAUUUAUGAAGAUAGUGUAUUCUGCUGACAUAAGAAUCUUAUUAUAUUAUUUGUAUUGAAAAAUCUUUCAAAGUAUGUAGAUGACAUAUAUAUAUAUAGAUGUUUAUUGCCUAAAAUCUUCACUUUUUUGCAUCCAUUAAUUGUGGAAGAUAAUAUUCCUAGUUGCAACAUAUCAAAUACACCAUUUAUAUAUGUUUUUGUCUUACAUUGUUGUGUAUCUCUCUCAUCUUGUAUAUAUCACACUAUCAAUUAACAAAGCCAAUGGGUUCAAAGAAGAAAAAAAAAAGAAAAUAUUUUUAACUAGAAAAAAUAUAAUAAGUAAGUGUUUUAACAAUUGCAUAAUUUUGAAAGAUACAUGUUAUUGUGUCUGUUGUAAUUUUAUAUUCAAGGUAAUUAUUUGAUAGGGAAAAUGUUUUCAUGAACAAUUCUUUAAAUUUGUAAUAAUACAGCAAGAAAUUUAUCAAAAACUAGUUUUUACUAUAUUUUUUUUCUGUUCUGCAUAAGAAAUGUGGAAGUGUAGGAUUUCACUUUUUGUUCUUUUCUUUACUGUUAAAUGUUUAACGUUUUGGAACUUUCAUCUUUUAACUAUAUCAAUGGAGAAUUUGGCAUUAGAGUUUUUAAAAACAUAUAGCAAAGUAAAGAAACUACACAUCAAUAAGAAUAUUCAUGAAAAAUUAGACUUUUGAGAUAAUGUACAAAAGUUAGAAUUGUGAAAGUCCUUAGCAGGCAGAUGUUUACCAGAAAGCUUCAAAAUUACCAUGGCUGUCUCCAAAAAUGACUUACCCGUAUUCAGUUUUAAUCAGCAUUUGUCUAAUUACAUAUUACAUCUUUUUUAACUUCAAUUUUAAAAAAUAAAGCCAAACACCAAUAUCAAAAAAGUAUAAAUUUCUAUGCAAUUGAAGCUGUAGGUGUGUUUCAGGUUGUAGUAAGGUUUUUCUGUAUGUACUUGUGUUCUUGUAUGAGUGCAGUUUGGGCAUCCAUUAAAAUAUGUUCAUUUUUUGGAUUUCACCAAAGAGACAAACGUGGUUAAGCCUGAAGAUCUUGUUAAAGGAAAUUGAAUAUGUUCUCUUAGCCUAUGAGCAUAGUCAACAACAUUAAAGAACUUCAUCAUUUAAAAGUUCUGGAAGACUGAAAAACAGAGUGUAAAGAAAUAACAGCUAACAACAGUUGGUGUGCUUGUAUGGCUGAAUUAAAAUGAAAAAUACAGAUAACAGUGAUGAAACAUUUAAUAAUAAAUGUUUCACAUAUUGGUGUAUAUGUUAAAACAACUAUUAUUGUAGUAUAGUGUAGGUCUAUAGCUGGAAUUUCAGAAACUUGAAGUUUUGGAAAUCCAAAAUCAUUUUGUUUUUAUUUCUGGAAAACACUGGACUUAGUUUUUAGUAUACUUUAACAUUUUAUUAUUUGCCAAGAUAUUUUUUGUCUCAGAAAAGAAUCCCCUCCCCAUACAGAAACAAUUUUGUAAUUUUAGACAUUGAAUUAAGGUGAAGUACAUUCCAUUAGUGAUUUGGCUCUUUACGAUUAUGUACAGGGUGUCUCAGAGGUCUGGACCCAUAAGGAAAAUAGCUAGAUGUUAUAUUCUUAAAGUUCAACAAAUGUCUAAUGUCAGUUGUACAUAUUUCAGGAAAGAAAAUACCCUGAUGGCACAAUAUACCAUGAAUUGAUAUACAUAUGUCUGUUAAUGUCAUGCAAUAUGAAUAAUAAAUCAAUUAAGAAUACAUUGUGUAUUUUUCCCUAUGGGUCUAGACAUCCUGUAUUUUAGUUCUCAACUUUAAGACACCACCUUGAAUAUGAUUGUAAGUUCAACAGGUUAAAAAGUGAUGUCAACUAAUUGGUGAUUUUUGUUGUUGUUUUUCAAGCCUACUGUUCUUUCUUUUUUUGCAACAUUGUCUUAUGUGAAACUAGUACAAAUUAUUACAUUACAGUUUUCUUGUAAAACUUGAGUUUAAAUAUAUGUUAGAUAUCUUUACGCCCACCAAUGGGUCGUCUGAAGGCUUACAAAACUACACAAACUAUUACAACAAAUUAAAUACACAGAAUUCUAACAACAAAAGUACUACUACUUUUUAACAAGUUUUAUUUGUGUUGCCUGCUUGUUCUCACUCUAAUGUAUCAGCAACAUGGCAGAGUUGAAUACAGUUCUAUGUUUAAAAUAAUGCAACAAAAACAACUUUCAUCGAUGUAAAAGUUUUGUCAGUUAACCCUACACUGAGUAGACUUUACUAUGAUAGUUACUUUGGAAAAUCUUUUGGAUGAACCUGAAAAAAUGAAUUAUUAAGAGUUAUGAUUACUUUUUGUAAUGGAUGAAGGUAGUGUUUUUGCAAACAGAGCUAUUAUAAAUGUAUUCUAGUGUCCAUGGCACAGUCUUUAAUUAAAUUAAUUGUGUAAUUUCUGUCGUUGUAGCUCUUCAAACUUUAAAGAAUAUUCUGACAAUCCACUAUCGAACAACUUCUUAGUUAAGUAUAAAUAACAGGAAAGUUGUUGAAGCUUCACCUAGUGGAAUAUCAACAAUGUUUACGUUAGGAAAACGGUUACUAUUAUUAUUUUUCUGUAGACACCCUUGUAAUAAAUUAACUUAAAUAAUCGUAAAAAGCCACCUUCGAACAGAAAUGUCUUUUGUUAAAUUUGUUUACAGAAACUUGUUUAAAGUAGUGUAUACAAUUAAUCAUGGUGUGAUUUUAGGUAAAUUUAUUCAUUAUUUUCAUAUGUCUUAGGAUGUGAAUAAAUUGUAGGUUAAACUAAUAGUUUGUGUGUACAUAUUUGUCAAACGGUAAGGAAAAGUAUUCAUAAAAACAAUUGCAACAUUGGCUGUGUAUCAUUUGGUUAGGCAUUGGUUGACUAGAAAUAAAUAUUUGGAUCCUUUUU